ACAUCCAUCUCAAAAACUACCGAAGCCGAUCCAAUUAUCGGCCAAGUAACCUUGGGUGGAAGAUUCACAUGCUUGAGUAAAGACUGUCGUGACGACGAAACCCUCACAUUCAAUCGCCAUGCAGACUUCAAACGGCACUACACCAACAUGCAUGCAAGAAAGCUUACGGAAUAUUUUUGCCCGGAAAAAGGGUGCCAUCGCUCAAGGUAUCCCGCUGAUGGAAAGAAAGGCCGGAGUUUCAAGGGGCGGAGAGACAAGAUGAAAGAGCACAUGAAGACUGUGCACGAUAACCGUGCUAGGAAAAGGAGGAGGAUUGAAGAAAGC